AUGUCUGAAGUUACAACAAACGUCGAUACAAAGAAACCAAAGACGGUGGCACUAGAUGAAUUGCUGCCAAGACUGGGACAUCCCGGAAAGUUCCAAACAGUGACAUUCCUACUGCUGGCUUUGAACUAUUUCUCAGUAUGUUUCAAUCACGUGUGUAUGGCUUUUUACGGCUCCACACCAACACACCAAUGUCAGGACAAUGUCAUAGAAACUGGGAACACCACUAUCCUCGGUGUCACGUAUGGCAAGUGUAAGACAUCCUACAUCCUAGGAAACGGUCAAAAUACCACGAUCACCUGCAAGUCGAACCCUAACGGGAUGUGGGCGUAUACCCCUUACACUGAUCGUGAAACCACCAUUACCAUGGAGUGGGACUUAGUAUGUGACGACAUCUAUCUUGGAAAACUGGCCACCACGAUCUACUUCCUCGGAGUGAUGACAGGUGGUUUGGUGUUCGGGCAUAUUGGUGACUUUUUUGGACGGAAAUGGACGAUGUUGGUAUGCUUGUACGUGCCUGUUGCCAUAGGAAUCGGCAUAUAUUUUGUUACAACUUUCACUGCAUUUGCUGUUUUGAGAUUUUUCCAAGGAGUCUUCAUUCAGGGUCUGCAGACAUCAACAUUUGCCCUGGUGAUGGAGCUAGCGGUACGGGAUUAUCGCGGAUUGGCGGGAGCGGUAUUCGAGUGUUACUGGGGUACGGGCGUUCUGCUGCUGGCGGGAAUCGCUUACUUCAUCCAAACAUGGCGUUACAUACAACUGGCCAUUUCCCUCCCGCCUAUCCUUCUCGUGUUUUAUAUAUGUUGGGUCCCAGAAUCACCAAGAUGGUUGAUAAUGAAAGGGCGAUUCGAUGACGCGGAAGCUGUGGUGAAAAGGAUCGCAAAGUUCAACAAACUACCGUAUCCGGCUGACAUCAUGGAUGCUAUUCGGAAAGAAGGCGUGGUUACCAAAGACAAAAGCCAGAAGCAGUUCACUGCCCUUGACCUGAUGAAGACACGAAUAACCAGAAACAGGACAUUCUUGUUGUUUUUCCUUUGGUUCACAACAUCCAUCGGAUACUAUGGUCUUACUUUCCAAAUCACUAGUCUAGCGGGGAACAAGUAUCUUAACUUCUUUAUUGGAGCAAUGGUCGAGAUGGUAGCCUACGUUGGAGUGAUAUACAUCAUCAAAAAAUUCGGCCGACGUAAGCCUUUGGCUUUCUACUUCCUCCUUGGCGGAGCCUGCUGUAUCCUGGCUGGAGUUAUACCAUUUGCUGGAACAGGUGAGGACAUAUCUAAGGCAUCUACCAGCUUCGCAAUCAUUGGCCGAUUUGGUAUGGGCGGUGUGUUCAGUGUAAUCGUGUUGUAUACUUCAGAGUUGUACCCUACCGUUAUCAGGAGUAUCGGAAUGGGCUGCUGUUUUUUUCUCACAAGAGUUGGUGGGUUGCUUGCGCCUCAGAUCCUGUUAUUGGGCGACUACACACACAAAUCGGUUCCUAUCAUAUUCUUUGGUGUUCUGGCUGUGAUUGGUGGAUUUGCAACGCUGGUCUUACCGGAAACGUUGGGUAGAAAACUUCCGGAUACGAUUGAAGAUGCAGAAAGCAUGCAAAGUAAAAAUCUAACCAUGGAUGUAGAUGAGGUUGAAAAUCCAAGUAAUGGCAAAAGCGCUAAGGAGAAGUACCAAUCUGUUAAUCAAGGUUUCAAUGAAGAUACACAUAUGUAA